AAUCUAAAAUCCAAAAUACAAAUAGGAUGAGGUUUUUCAUUUUUGGCGCUGGAAAGCAGCCCACCACUCUUCCAUUUCCCACCUUACUUCGAUUCUAUGGUUCAUCUUCUUCAACAAUAUCUUCCCCUUUAAAACCCCUAAAAAAAAUUAAAAAUUUCACCUUCAAAAUCCAAGCUUUCAUCAAUGGCAACCGCCUUACUUCUCGAACCUUCCGCAUUAACCACGGCUAAACACCCUAAUUUUCUCUCUCCUCAAUCCACCCCUCUUUUGCGUCCUUACCCAAUUCGAUUAACCUCAUUAACCCCUUUUUCUUCCCCUUCUAUAAACCCUAAAUUUUCCCCAAAACCCUUCAAAUUUACCCCAAAAUGCGACGCCAAAAACCCGAAUUCUCCCGAUUCCGAACUGGGUAUCAAAGAGAAGACCCUAAAUUCAAUUGGGUUUGUUCUUGAUAAGAUUUCUGAGGCCUUAAAGGCGCUUAAGAAGCCUGCAAUUGCGGCUUUGUUAGUUGGUGCUUUGUUAAUGUAUGACCCAAAUUCUGCUUUGGCGGCUUCCGGUGGGAGAAUGGGAGGGCGAUCAUUUUCUUCAAGAUCGUCAAUGUCAGGGUCUAAGAGCUACACUGUUCGGCCCUCGAGUCCCGGGUUUUCACAAUCGGUACCGUAUUUCGCACCAUCGCCAUUUGGAGGUGCUGGGUUGUAUGUUGGACCGGCGUUUGGGGUUGGAGCUGGUUCUAGUUUGUUCUUUAUUAUGAUGGGAUUUGCUGCAUUUAUUUUGGUUUCUGGGUUCCUUUCUGAUCGGUCUGAUGGUGGGGUUAUGACUGCUACUGAGAGAACUAGUGUGAUCAAGCUUCAGGUUGGACUGUUGGGCAUGGCACGAUCACUUCAAAGUGAUCUCAACCGGAUUGCUGAAGUUGCUGAUACAUCAACCCCAGAGGGUCUAAACUUUGUUUUAACAGAAACAAUGCUGGCCUUGCUUCGUCAUCCUGAUUAUUGCAUCUCAGCUUAUUCAUCUGUUGACAUCAAAAAGAGUAUUGAGGAGGGAGAAAAGAGGUUCAAUCAACUUUCCAUUGAGGAACGUGGUAAAUUUGAUGAAGAAACACUCGUAAAUGUGAAUAACUUAAAGAGGCAGAGCACCAGAAGCACGAGAGCCAGUGGAUAUAGCAAUGAGUACAUAGUGAUUACCAUUUUGGUGGCUGCUGAAGGAGUAGUUAAAAUGCCUACCAUUAACGGGAGCAUGGAUUUGAAAGAAGCCCUGCAAAAGCUUGGAUCCACCCCGUCAAGUAAAACCAUGGCAGUAGAGGUGCUUUGGACUCCUCAGAAUGAAAAUGAUACAUUGUCAGAGAGAGAAUUACUUGAAGAUUACCCCCUUCUGAAGCCUCUAUGAGUACUGUUACUACCCACAUUUUUCUUUUAUUUACCUGUAUAUAUAUAUAUAACUUGAGUACUAUGAGCUAUACUGAUAGGAUAUGUCAUACUAAUUGGAGUGUUGAACAUGUUUUUCUUUUCUUUUUUCAUUUCUUCGGAUGGCCCUUUUUUACGUUUUUUCUCUUUCCAUUAUACUGUAGGUUAUAUAACCUAUAAGCAUUUGUAAGUAAUACAUAAACUCUUUGAGCUCCAGAAACUCUGAAUACAAUGCUAAUAUCAGAUAUAAUUACUGAAAGAUUUAUCGUGGAUAAGUUGAAAACAAA